AGGCCAUGAUGGACAACACAAAAGAGCAAGUACCCACCACGUUACUUAUCAGCAUAGGUUUAGCUGUGGCCAUUUUCCUUCUCAACACUGGCCGUGUUCUACAAGCUAUCAAGAUGUGCCAGGAAUGCUUCAUUUUGCUACGUAAUGGGGCAUUGAGAGAGGACAUUCCAGAUACAAAAUUACUUUACCAAGGUGUCUUUACUACAGCAAUAAAGGCCCACUUCAGACUAUUUGCCAACACAAGUACUGAAGAAUACCUCAGGGAACAACUGCUCUUAUUUCAGGAAUCUGAUAAUCCUCCAGAAAAAGGAUGGCUACAGUUAACACUAGCUAAGAUACUCCAGGAUAAAAAUAAGUUUGCAGAGGCCGUAAGAUUUUAUAAGUCAGCAAUGGCCAUUAUGAAAACGAAUAGGGACUCACAUGGAGAGGCAAUAACCUACGGAAACCUGGGAAUAUUGUUUCGGUCGCUUACAAAAUAUGACAAGGCCCAAGAGUAUCAAGAGAAAGCACUCGCAAUCACAAUAAAAAUUGGCGACAAAAAAGGAGAAGCAGCGAGCUAUGGAAACCUAGGAACACUGUUCCAAUCCCAUGGUAGAUAUGACAAGGCACAGGAGUAUCAAGAAAAAGCACUCGCAAUCAGAAUAGAAAUUGGCGACAAGAAAGGAGAAGCAACAAGCUACGGAAAUCUAGGAACAUUGUUCCAAUCUCUUGAUAAAUAUGACAAGGCCCAAGAGUAUGAAGAAAAAGCACUCGCUAUCAGAAAAGAAAUGGGCGAAAAAGAAGGAGAGGCAAGAAGCUACGGAAACCUAGGAACAUUGUUCCAAUCUCUUGGUAGAUAUGACAAGGCCCAAGAGUAUCAAGAAAAAGCACUCGCCAUCAGAAAAGAAAUCGACGAAAAAGAAGGAGAGGCUACAAGCUACGGAAACCUAGGAGCAUUGUUCCAAUCUCUUGGUAGAUAUGACAAGGCCCAAGAGUAUCAAGAAAAAGCACUCGCUAUCAGAAAAGAAAUCGGCGAAAAAGAAGGAGAGGCUAGAAGCUACGGAAACCUAGGAACAUUGUUCCGAACUCUUGGUAGAUAUGACAAGGCCCAAGAGUAUCAAGAAAAAGCACUUGCUAUCAGAAAAGAAAUCGGCGAAAAACAAGGAGAGGCUGCAAGCUACGGAAACCUAGGAACAUUGUUCCAAUCUCUUUGUAGAUAUGACAAGGCCCAAGAGUAUGAAGAAAAAGCACUCGCUAUCAGAAUAGAAAUAGGCGACAAGAAAGGAGAAGCAGCAAGCUACGGAAACCUUGGAACAUUGUUCCAUGCUCUUGGUAGAUAUGACAAGGCCCAAGAGUAUCAAGAAAAAGCACUCGCUAUUAGUAUAGAAAUCUGUGACAAAGGAGGAGAAGCAGCAAGGUACGCAAACCUAGGAACAUUGUUCGGAUCGCUUGGUGAGCAUGAUAAGGCUUUUAGAUAUUUCGACGCAGCGCUUUUGAUCGCAAAGAGUAUUCCCUGCAGAGCAACUGAGGUUAGUAUUUAUGGAAACCUGGCGGCUUUGUUUUUAUCGAGUGGUAAGUUUUCAAAGGGUGACGAUUAUCUAAAGAAAGCACGCGCAAUAAGAAUGAAAAUCGGUGACAGAGCAGGAGAAGGAGCAGAUUACAGAAACCUUGGCCUUAUUUCUUUGCAGCGUGGUGAAUAUAUUAAAGCUGAAGAAUAUCACAAGAAAGCUCUCGCCAUUCACUUGAAAAUGGGCCACAGAGAUGAGGAAGCAGCAGAAUACUUUAAUUUAGGAGUAUGUUUUAAUUCACUCGGUAAUUAUGACCUAGCUGAAGAAUACCUUAAGAAGGGUCUCCUUUUAAGUAAGGAUAUUGGACGCAAUCCUAUUGAGUUGAAAUGCCUUUGUAAUCUAGCAGUGUUGAGGCUAUCACAAUUUGACCGUAAAGGGGCCUUUUCGUACCUUUAUCGCUGCACUGAAAAGUUCGAUACUUUGCGGGGUUUUAUUAAAGACAGCGAUCAGUUUAAAAUAUCUCUCUUAGAGGAGCACGGCGCCUCUAUCUACCAGUUGCUUAGUUGGUUGCUUUCCUCCAUCGGGAGUUCAGAAGAUGCUCUUUACGUCGAAGAGCUGAAACGGGCAAGAGGUCUAGCCGACUUAAUGGCAGCUCAGUUCUGUAUUGAAGAGCAGAUUUCAGGCAAUCCACAAUCUUGGUGUGGCAUUCAGAACAUUAUCAUGAAGGAGAGUGACUCUACAUGCCUUUACAUCUCAGUUGGUAAAGCAGAUGUACGAUUUUGGAUUCUCAAAGCAAAAGGAGCUAUUCAUUUUAUAAAAAAGGAAGCAAGCCCGAACAAAAAUGAAUUGACCGGAUUAGUCCCUGACUUAGACAAGUUUUUAAAGGAAAGCUUCUGUAACCCUGCAAAAGACAUCACUAAAACGAAUCUCCACCUGUGUCACAACAUAAUCAUCGCCUCUGUGGCCGAUUUACUGAGGGAGCCAGAGAUCAUAAUAGUCCCUGAUUCUUGCAUGUACCAAGUGCCAUUUGCAGCCUUAACCGAUAAAGAGGGCAAAUAUUUUUCGGACACAUUCAAGAUCCGCAUCGUUCCCUCCAUGACUACUCUGAAGCUCAUUCAGGACAGUCCUCCAGAGUACCACAGUAAGAGUGGUGCGCUGAUAGUCGGUGACCCUGAGGUUAGAGAGGUAUUGUACAAAGGUAGAUGCACAAUAGUAGAACCAUUGCCACGUGCAAGAAAGGAAGCCGAGACGAUUGGAAGUCGUCUUGGCGUAAAGCCCUUGAUUGGAGACCGCGCUACAAAACAGGCUGUACUCCAAGCGAUAAAUUCAGUGAGCCUGAUACAUUUUGCUGCCCAUGGUAGUCCCGAUAGAGGAGAGAUUGUUCUCUGUCCUAAGGACCCCAUUGACUGUCCUCCACGAGAGAAAGACUACCUUUUGACGAUGAAGGACAUUUCAGAAGUUCAGGUGAGAGCGAAACUGGUUGUUCUCAGCUGUUGUCACAGUGCGCGUGGACAGGUCAAAGCAGAGGGAGUUGUUGGUAUCGCCCGAGCGUUCCUAGGAUCCGGUGCUCGCUCGGUGUUGGCGGCACGAUGGGCACUGGAGGAUGAAGCAACAGAAGAGUUUAUGAGUUGCUUCUACGAUCAUUUGUUCCGCGGUAAAAGUGCCAGUGAAUCUCUUCACGAGGCUAGGAAGUGGAUGAGAGGUAACGGCUUUGACAAAGUAUCUCAGUGGGCUUCAUUUAUGCUCAUUGGCGACAACGUGACAUUUGAUUUUGAAAAUUGGCCAAAGUCAACUACACCUUGA